AUGCUUCAAAACCUUUGCCAUGCCCUUUUUAUCUUCCUCUGUUUGAUCUUUUUCAUCCGUAAGGCGCAGGUACACAAGGAUUCUCCUGUUCGCCCUUUGAAUAAAAAGGAUAGUUCAGCUGGAGAUGAUGAGGAGUGCCUUGUGAUCUAUUUCAUCCGCAAAUUGUGGGAGGUAUACAAGGUGCACAAGGAUUAUCCUGUUCGUCCUUUGAUCUAUUUCAUCAACAAAUUGCGGGAGGUAUAUGAGGUGCACAGGGAUUCUCCUGUUCGCGCUUUGAAUAAAAAGGAUAGUUCAGAUGGAGAUGAUGAGAAGGAGGUACGCAAGGAUUCACCUGUUCGCCCUUUGAAUAAAAAGGAUAGUUCAGAUGGAGAUGAUGAGAAGGAGGUACAGGAGGAUUCUCUUGUUCACCCUUUAAAUAAAGAGGAUCGUUCAGAUGGAGAUGAUGUGAAGGUUAGUGAAAGGACUUCACCAAGAAAAGAUGAUUCGGACUCUUUUUUUUCAAUUUCUGAUGAAGAUGAGGAGUCUGUGGGGAACACCCUUUCUGACAACAUUUCAGAACCAGUGCACAAUGUUUCUCCCAAUGGGAGUUCCAGACUAAGGUUCACCUCAUGGCAAAAGGGAGGAGAGUUGGGAAGUGGGUCGUUUGGAACUGUCUAUGAAGGCAUCAGCAAGUAUGAUUCCUUUGCUUUUCUCUUUGAUAAUCUGUAAGUUAUUUUUGCUAUAAGCAUUUUUUGGAACGAAGUGCAAUGGCUGUUCUCCCACAAUGAUGUCAAUUUGAAGUGUUGAUGGCACUUCUGAGUGCUGCAUUCUUGGGUUCGAUUUAGGAACACUCGGGCUAAUCAUCUGUAUGCAGUAGAACAAGUUAUUUUUUGGUU